CCUUCAUCUCUCCCAGCCCGCCUCUCUCAUACCUGCAGCCUUUCUUUCUUUCUUCCUUCGCUCCUUCUACCUUAUUUCUACUUGUCGCCCCCUUCUCUUACCAUUUUCUGGUUCUAAGGUUUUUUUUUUUAUUUCCUUCUUCUUCUUCCCCCAUCCUGUUCCCCUUUCGGACCAUCUUCGUUUAGUGCCUCUUAAUUUCUUGAUUUCUUCUGAUUCUUUUCCCUUGGACUUUGCCUUGUCAUGUCAAGAUGGAAGUCAGGCAUGACUGGCUCUCCUCAUCCCCCCAUGAGGGCUUCGAGCAGAUGAGGCUGAAGAGCAGACCCAGGGAGCCUUCCCCAAGCCUCACCAGAGUAGGCGCGAACUUCUACAGCACUGUCAAGCAGCAGGACUACAGUGCCAGUGUCUGGCUGAGGAGGAAAGACAAACUGGAGCACUCCCAGCAAAGAUGCAUUGUGAUCUUUGCACUGGUAUGCUGCUUUGCAAUUCUGGUUGCACUGAUAUUUUCGGCAGUGGAUAUUAUGGGAGAAGAUGAGGAUGGACUCUCAGAAAAGAACUGUCAAAAUAACUGUCGGGUUGCUCUUGUGGAAAAUAUUCCUGAAGGGAUCAACUAUUCAGACAGUGCACCAUCCCAUUUGUCUCUUUUCCAAGGCUGGAUGAAUUUGCUUAAUAUGGCUGAAAAGUCUGUUGACAUAGUAUCUUCCCAGUGGGACCUCAAUCACAGUCAUCCAUCAGCAUGCCAGGGUCAGCGUCUUUUUGAAAAAUUGCUUGAACUGGCGUCCCGAAAUAUUGAGAUAAAACUAGUGAGUGAUAAACUGCCCAUGGAAUCAAAGGUAUUAAACGACUUGAAAACAAAGGGUGCUGAAGUGUUGUAUAUGAACAUGUCAGCAUAUAAUGAAGGUCGGCUUCAGUCAUCGUUCUGGAUUGUUGAUAAACAGCACGUAUACAUUGGAAGUGCCAGCCUAGACUGGAGAUCAUUGGGACAGAUGAAGGAACUUGGUGUCAUCGUCUAUAACUGUAGCUGCCUGGUCCUGGAUUUACAAAGGAUAUUUGCCCUGUAUAGCUCAUUAAGGUACAAGAAUAAAAUACCUCCGAGUUGGUCUAAGAGACUCUAUGGAGUGUACGAUACUCAAAAUAAAUUGACACUGCAGCUGAACGAGACAAAAUCAGAGGCUUUUGUGUCGAACUCACCUAAACUCUUCUGCCCCAAGGACAGAGUCCUGGAUAUUGAAGCUAUCUAUAGUGUUAUUGAUGAUGCCAAACAGUUUGUGUACAUUGCUGUCAUGGACUACUUGCCCAUUGUCAUCGACACCAAUGCUAAACGGUACUGGCCAUAUUUAGAUGGGAAGAUAAGAGAAGCAUUAGUUUUACGAAGUAUUAAAGUACGACUUCUCAUAAGUUUCUCAAGAGACACAGAUCCCCUUACUUUUAACUUUGUUUCAUCUCUGAAAGCUAUUUGCACUGAAGUUCCAAGCUGUAGUUUGAAAGUUAAAUUCUUUGACCUUGAGGAAGAGAGUGCCUGCUUUCUUAAAGAACAGAAGAACACUUCUCUUCCCAAAUUGAAUCGAAACAAAUACAUGGUGACUGAUGGAGCUGCAUAUAUUGGUAAUUUUGAUUGGGUAGGAAAUGCUUUUACGCAGAAUGCUGGAGCUGGCCUUGUUAUCAACCAAGCAGACGCGGGGAACAGCACAAGCAUCAUUAAGCAACUCAAGGCUGUUUUUGAAAGGGACUGGUAUUCACAUUAUGCCAAAAGUUUACAACCAACAAAAAUCCCAAACUGCUUUAACCACAAACUCAAUAAAGGAACUUCAAAUAAGACUGCCAUGAGCAAUGUGAAUUAGAAAGACUAUUUUACCAUUUAGUAUGGCAAUGAAGAAUUAUGUUGGAGUGUAGCCUUCUUUCAUAUUUACAGACAAAAGACUUAAAGAAAAAGCAAAAAAAAAAAAUAAAAAAAACCAGUUUGGUUGGGGGGGGGUGUUUUUAGGAAAAAGCACACUUAUAUUAAAUCUGUCUGACCUAUAUUCUCUAUAUCAAUUAUUUAAGACUUUCAAAGACUUUGUUACUUCUGACACUGAAUGUCAUUUCCGCUUCCAUGUGAAUUUUAAUGUUCCACAUUUCAAUUUAUCAGCAUGUGUCAAUGUUUCUGUUUUAGGACUUUUCCCCAAUUGCCAACCUGGCUAGAACAAACCUUGAGGCAAAAUGAAGAUUCAAGCUAUGAAAUGGCAUUCUAAGAUCAGUUAUUAUUGACAUACAAAUAGAUGGUAGGUUUACUGUAAUGGAAAAUGUAAAGGAAUAAGCAAAGUUUCACCCAUAUAAAUAAUUCCCUUUAAAUAACUACCCUGUCAUAAAAAUAU